AUGCCCGCCACUACAACUCUCUUCCGCACCGCCCGGCCGGUUUUCCAACAGUCCGUAUCACGGACCGUUUUCCGCGCCAACUUCUCUCAGACCGGUCGACGCUUCGCUAGCACAACGACACAAGCAGGCGAAGCCGCCCAGCAGAGCUUUUUCCAGCGCAUGUGGAACAGUCCGGUUGGCCUCAAGACGGUGCAUUUCUGGGCCCCAGUAAUGAAGUGGGCGAUCGUCAUCGCCGGUAUCACAGACUUCGCGCGACCCGCUGAGAAGCUCUCGUUAACCCAAAACGGCGCUCUAACGGCUACCGGUCUGAUCUGGACUCGGUGGUGCUUUGUCAUUACUCCUAAGAACUACCUUCUCGCUGCUGUCAACUUUUUCCUCGGUAUCGUCGGUAUCACUCAGGUUGCCCGUAUUGCUAUCUACCGCUCCUCUCAGAAGAACCUACCCGCCGCUGUUGAGUCCGAAGCCACUCAGGUCAAAGAGGCUGUCAAGUCAUAA